AAGUGAUCGCGCAUGAUCCCAGACCCGUGGCUGUCAGUCAGAGCAAGGCCAGCUGCUGGCCGAGUGGCCCGCUGGGCCGGCGGGGCUAUGGCGGCCGUGUUCGAUCUAGAUUUGGAGACCGAGGAAGGCAGCGAAGGCGAGGGGGAGUCGGAGUUUAGCCCCGCGGACGUGUCCCCCCUUGCCGAGUUGAGGGCUGCUGGCCUGGAGCCGGUGGGACACUAUGAGGAGGUGGAGCUGACGGAGAGCAGCGUGAACCUGGGCCCUGAGCGCAUUGGGCCCCACUGCUUUGAGCUACUGAGUGUGCUGGGCAAAGGGGGCUAUGGCAAGGUGUUCCAGGUGCGAAAGGUGCAAGGCACCAACUUGGGCAAAAUAUAUGCUAUGAAAGUGCUGAGGAAGGCCAAGAUCGUGCGCAAUGCCAAGGACACAGCACACACUCGGGCAGAGCGGAACAUUCUAGAAUCUGUGAAGCAUCCCUUCAUUGUGGAACUAGCCUACGCUUUUCAGACCGGCGGCAAACUCUACCUCAUCCUGGAGUGCCUCAGUGGUGGCGAGCUCUUCACGCAUCUGGAGCGAGAGGGCAUCUUCCUGGAAGACACCGCUUGUUUCUACCUGGCUGAAAUCACACUGGCCCUGGGUCAUCUCCACUCCCAAGGCAUCAUCUACCGGGACCUCAAGCCUGAGAACAUCAUGCUUAACAACCAGGGCCACAUCAAACUGACAGACUUUGGACUGUGUAAAGAGUCCAUUCAUGAGGGCGCUUUUACUCAUACCUUCUGCGGCACCAUUGAGUACAUGGCCCCCGAAAUUCUGAUGCGCAGUGGCCACAACCGAGCAGUAGACUGGUGGAGCCUGGGGGCCCUGAUGUACGACAUGCUCACUGGAUCGCCACCCUUCACUGCAGAGAACCGGAAGAAAACCAUGGAUAAGAUCAUCAAGGGGAAGCUGGCACUACCCCCCUACCUCACCCCAGAUGCACGAGACCUUGCCAAGAAGUUUCUGAAGAGAAAUCCCAUGCAACGAAUUGGGGGUGGCCCAGAGGAUGCCGCUGAGGUGCAGAGGCACCCCUUCUUCCGGCACAUCAACUGGGAUGACCUUCUGGCCCGCCACGUGGACCCUCCCUUCAGGCCAAGCCUGCAAUCAGAAGAGGAUGUGAGCCAGUUUGACACCCGCUUCACACGGCAGACACCAGUGGACAGUCCAGAUGACACAGCUCUCAGUGAGAGUGCCAACCAGGCCUUCCUGGGCUUCACAUAUGUGGCACCCUCUGUCCUGGACAGCAUUAAGGAGGGCUUCUCCUUCCAGCCCAAGCUGCGCUCCCCCCGGCGCCUCAACAGCAGCCCCCGCACUCCCAUCAGGUACCAAGGGCAGGCCCUCUCAAGUUCUCCCCCUUUGAGGGGUUCCGGCCCAGCCCUGGCCCACCAGAGCCCAUGGAGCCACCUCUACCUCCACUUCUGCCACCACCGUCACCACCUCCACCCUCGAGCACUGCCCCGCUUCCCAUCCGUCCUCCCUCAGGGACCAAGAAGUCCAAGAGGGGCCGUGGGCGCCCUGGGCGCUAGGAGGAUGGGCAGCAGGCCGUGAGGAUCUGGAUGUGUUUGGAGGUUGAAAGUGUUUCUUUGUUGCAAGUAGCUAAGCCUUAGAACCACAGGCAUGGAAGGCUGCAACUGUUGGCAUGGGUCUCCACCACCCACCUCAAUUCCAGGCACUUCAGCUACACCUUUACCAAAUUAAAGGACUGAAUCAUGGCAGAGUG